GAAAGGCCACGCGUGCCGCGCCUGCGUGUCGGCACCUGCUUCAGGGAGGGCUAAGUCGUCCCGGGAGCCUCGCAAGUCAGCAGAGGAGGUUUUGGCUGCAGCGGGUGACAUGGACAACGCAGGGAAGGAGCGAGAAGCGGUCCAGCUUAUGGCGGAGGCCGAGAAGCGAGUGAAGGCUUCCCACUCUUUCCUCCGAGGGUUGUUCGGAGGAAACACAAGAAUAGAAGAGGCAUGUGAAAUGUAUACCAGAGCUGCAAAUAUGUUCAAGAUGGCCAAGAACUGGAGUGCUGCAGGAAAUGCAUUUUGUCAAGCCGCCAAGCUCCACAUGCAGCUUCAGAGCAAACAUGACUCUGCUACCAGCUUUGUGGACGCUGGAAAUGCUUACAAGAAAGCAGACCCUCAAGAGGCUAUCAACUGCUUAAAUGCAGCCAUCGACAUUUACACAGACAUGGGAAGGUUCACCAUCGCAGCCAAGCACCAUAUCACCAUUGCUGAGAUCUAUGAGACUGAGCUUGUGGACAUUGAGAAGGCAAUUGCACAUUAUGAACAAUCUGCUGAUUAUUACAAAGGAGAAGAAUCUAACAGCUCUGCUAACAAGUGUCUGCUGAAGGUGGCAGCCUACGCUGCACAGCUGGAGCAGUACCAGAAAGCCAUCGAGAUCUAUGAGCAGGUGGGAGCAAACACUAUGGAUAACCCCUUGUUGAAGUACAGUGCGAAGGAUUACUUCUUCAAGGCAGCGCUCUGUCACUUUAUAGUGGAUGAGCUGAAUGCCAAGCUUGCUCUUGAGAAAUACGAGGAAAUGUUCCCAGCAUUUACUGACUCCAGAGAAUGUAAAUUAUUGAAAAAACUUCUGGAAGCUCAUGAAGAACAGAACAGUGAAGCUUACACUGAAGCAGUGAAGGAGUUUGACUCAAUAUCACGUUUGGAUCAGUGGCUGACCACCAUGUUGCUUCGUAUCAAGAAGUCCAUCCAAGGGGAUGGAGAAGGAGAUGGAGACCUCAAGUGAAGCGCUGACAUCUUUGUGGCAUGCAGCUCAUUCCUUUUUAUUUUGUCUUUGGGCAGGGCUGUCUUUCUGAGAUGCCCAUUUAAUGACUUAAUUCAACAGUAAAUAAGCCAGCCACACAGUUUAUAUAUUGUUUUAGCUUACCAUGUCUGUGUAAUGUGAGAAUUGGAGGCUUCUAUUCAGUUUGUGGUCAUGACAACCAAAGUACCAUCAUGCUUAUCCAAGUCCCCAUAGUUUUCUGAGAAGUACUGCCAAAUCUUUUUCCUGUUAUUUUGAUAUUUUCAGAGACCAUGGUUAAUGUUGCCACGUGUUUUGUGUUUUCUUUUUUCUUGAACUCUGGUCCUCAACCCAGUUUUAUAGAUGCUUUGCAAAGACCCUGUGCAUCGGUAUUUGGAUGCAGCCCUUAAACAAGUGACUUAGCUUAGGGUGGCUAUUAGGAGUAAGUUUGUAAUUCAGUAGGAACUGUUUGGCUUUCUUUUAUAGCUACUUCGAAGGUGUUAGUUAUGUUUUUUGGUUUACUCCAUAUUGUGCAUGACAGACACUAAGAACAGCUAGGAUCUGUUGACAUCACUUGCAUCAGCAGAGGAAGGAACUUGUUGGCAGGUCCUCAGGUCCUGUUUGUUGUAUGGAUGGAUGUCAAGGUAGAUUUCCUUGUUUUUGCUUUUAUUCACAUACACACACACACACACACACACACACACACACACACACUCACACAAAACCUAUGAAAUGGAAAUGUCCCCAUUCUCUACAGACAGUUUCCACUUUUAGUUGGAGUGGAAAUCCCUUCGUAUUUGCCUUAAACCGUCUUUAGCUGGCAUCUCCUUUAUUCACACAUUCAUACACUCCUCACAUUGUCUUCUGGGCCACUGUCAUGCCAAGCUUGAGCAGAGCUGGACAGAAGAUUCCAGCUGAAUACUCGUGGGGAAGUGUCCAUUUGUCGGGCGUGAUGGUUAAAAGUUAUCAGUGUGGCAUAAGAGUUUAUAUUAUACCUGGUUAGUUAAGAACCUCACUUGUUUUUGAGGGUCCAUGAUUUAUUUCUUAACUGACAAGAGGGAUUUCAUUUGCGUGUAUGAGCUCUGAUGUCCUAUUUGGCUUGCAUAAGAUGUAUGCUCUGUUACUUCAGAUUUUGGCGCUCCCUGCUACUUCAUAUGCUGAUAGGGUACUGCAGGCAUGGCCUUGCUUGCUGAGUCUCCUUUGCCGAGAUACGUUUAUGCUGGGACGAUCUGUGCUUGAAGAGCCUGUUACUAGACAUAUCUCAUUGUCCUCCUGUGCUGCUGUGUGUGACAAUGAAACUCCUGAUUAACUAGGUAAAAAUGGCAUUGGAAUGGUGCUUGCUUCUUUGGAUGGCCCUUGACUAGGGUUGGAGGCUCUUACCAUGCGGUAGAGGAGUAGCUUUGCCCAGGCCCAGGGCUGGAUGAGGAGAGUUUAAGGACUGAUGAGAAAGCCAGCUCUUUCUAAAGUGAAAGAAAGUAGCAAAAAGGAGCUAGAGAGAUGGUUGUUACUCUUCCAGAGGACCCAAGUUUGAUUUCCAGCACUCAUGUUGGGUAGCUCAAAACCACCUGUAACUCCAGUUCCCCAGGAGUUCCAGUUUCUCUUUUGCCUUCCACAGGCAUGUGCAUACAGAUAAACAAAUACAGGUAAAUGAAAUCUACACAUAUGCAAGCAAGACACUCAUUUGUAAAAUAAUAAAUCAUUUUAUUAUUAUUUGAAAAAGAAGAUGAAACUGAAGCUGGUCCCAUGAGAACAGGUGGUAGGUGUCUGCCAGGCCCACCAUGGUGGUAACAGGGUAUAAAUACAGGAAGCUGAGAGGCCUCUGCAUGCCUGAAAAAGAGGGAAUGUGCCCUAGCAUCUGAUUAGGAUUCCUUUUUUCCUUCACUGCCUUUAGGGGUUUCUGCAUGAUAGCUGGCUAUACCAAAGGUAAAAUUUGCAAUGGAACCUAAUUGAUACUUCUUGACUCCAUUAGAAUCUCUAAUAUAAAGACAUAAAGUCAGUGGGCUGGAGAGAUGCCUCAUUUGCUCUUCCAGAGGACCCAGGGUUAAAGUCCCAGCAUUCAUGUGGGGGCUCACAGGUGUCUAUAACUCCAGUCCUAAGGGAUCCAACCAUCCACUUUUUGCCUCUACUGGCACCAGGCAUGCAUGGUGCACACACAUGCAUGCAGGUAAAACAUGCAUACACAUAAAAAUAAAAAAUUUUAAAACUCUAGUGUAUAGGGAAGUGAGUUAGUGCAUUAUGCACAGCGCCACAGACAGCCUUGGAAAUGAGUCGUGGAAAUGGCUCUUAGUCAGUUCAGCGGAAGGGCAUCUGAACUCUGGCCUUCCUCUACCUCCCUAGUUCAUUCUUCUGAUGUGACCAUUUAAAGUGAGACCCACAUGGUGUCUUACGGGACACUGAGGUUUACCUUUCAUCCUUGUUCCCUAACACACCUCCAUGAAGAAGUGUUAAGUUGUUAGUGUUUGCUGUUUGUAUUACUUGGCUGUUUCUUUAAUUUACUUAUUUGCUUUUACUGAAGUUAAAUGCUGGGGCAGGCAUCAUGAACACUUGUAAUCCUGUAGUAUGUAGGUGGUUAAGGAAUGAGGAUUGCUGUGACUUUGAGGCCAGCCUGGACUACCUAGUGAAUUCCAGGCCAGCCUAAGUUACAAUGUGAGACUCCAUCUCAAAAAAACCAACCAACCAACCAACCAAAAAAAGGGGCAGGGGGAUGAAAAGCUGAGAUCAGUCCCUCUUGUGUUUAUUUUGUCCCAGCACUUGGGAGGCUGAGGCAGGAGGAACAUGAUUUCCAGAGUAGACUAAGCUAUAUAGUAGCAAGACCAUUGGAAAAAAAUACCAAGAACACACUUUUGGCAAGACAAAAAGAAUGAGGCAAAUGUCCACACAGUAGUAUGCAAGCUUACGCCCUUCAAAUGUCCUGCAGACAUGGGACAGUGCAGUAGUAUGCAAGCUUACGCCCUUCAAAUGUCCUGCAGACAUGGGACAGACAUGGGACAGCUGCCUAGGCUUUAGGCUCUCAUGGUCUCUAGAAUAUUAUGAACAAAACAGUGAUUUGUUAUAGUUCUCAUACUUGAGUGCAUCUGGAGAUAGUUCGUAGUUACGGCAGUCGAUAUUUCUUACAGAAAAGCUUUCCUUUUGUGGCAACAUUUUUAUAGCUUGUGUGAAUUCCUUUUUUUUUUUUUUAAAUGACAUAAAGCAGUAUUUUUGCACAGUUGUAACCAUGUGUGAUGGUGUCACUAUGACCAAAGUACAUGCACCAGCCCUUGUGCAUUUAUUGUUCCCUCUGGUAUUGUGCACUUAAAAUGUCCAAAUACAAACCUUUGUAACUGUGGAGAAUUUGGCAGCACAGCAUGCCCGUGACCUGCCUGCUGCAGUGUGAGCUGUGACCAGUAAGCAGGCCCUGUAAAGUCUUAAGUUGCUCUCAGGCAAGGGAGUACAUUAUAAAAACAAAUCGUGUAAACAAAUCUAUCUUAGCUAAAAGAACGUUUGUUUUAUGUGAACUUGUACAGUAAAUAAAGUGGAAGUUAUCAGCAA